GUGUCGUCAUUGCAAACUUUGAUCUUAUGUCUAUAAUUUGUCCAAAAAUCAAGUUCAUAGGUAGUCUAUGCAGUCUAUAGUUCAAUACAUCAAGCACCUAAGGACCCAAAAAAACACAGUAAAACAAUGCCAUUCUUGAAUGACUGCUGUUGCUAAUGUAAUAGUUAUGUUGUUGCAUCAAUUUUUUUACAGAACUAUAAGAAAAMUCCUAGAUGAUAACUCAGACAACUGGGAACAAUAUCUUGAUGGAGCUGUUUUUGCUUUAAAUACAAAUGUCAGUACAACAACACGCUACAGUCCCUUUUUUUUGAUGUAUGGUCGCCACCCAAUAUUUCCCUUUGAAAGUGAAAAGUACAACAAGAAAUGUGAUUCCACAACUCAGACCUCAAAUGAUGAGACUGAGAUAGCAAAAUCCAUUGAAAGCAGGAUGGAAGCUUUUAAAAAAAUCCAUGAUGAAAUCUUCCCCAAUGUUUCUACCAAUAUAUCAAAUGCCCAAGAGAAACAGAAAUUACAAUACCAAAAGAAAAGAGGAGCUAUAUGCCCAUUUAAAGAAGGCGACCUGGUAUUAAAGAGAAACAUGCUACAAAAAACAAAGAAGGGCCACAAAAUGGAAGAUAACUGGCUUGGGCCAUAUGAGUUGUGCGAGGUCGAUGAAAAGAAUGGCACAUGCCGACUGAAGAGUUCCUGCACAGGUAAAAUCCUUAAACGAAAAACACCUAUGAAACAACUCAAAACAUACAACCCUAGUCCAACUCAGCCCCCCUCCAACAAACCUGCCACAACUGUGCCUCAAGCUUCCACCUGUAAUAAUGGCAGUCCUACAUCAGCACCUUAUCAGCCCACCUCUAAAAAACCUGCCACAACUGUACCUCCAGCUUCCACCUGUAAUAAUGGCAGUCCUACUGUAAAAUCAGACACAAAGUCCACAAAAACUGAUCCAACAUCAGCAGCAUCUAUGGCCAGAUAUAAUGAAAUAAUUAGCAAGCUAACAGGUGAUGAGAUAGUGAAAAUAUUUGAAACAGCUGCCCUGCCACAUUUAAAAAACAUUUUGACAGGAAAAGAGAAGAGUUGGCGCUUUGACGUUUUAAAGUKUAAAUCAUUUGAGAUGAAAAGAAGUGAUCUUUCAUGGAACGUCCACUUUAGCUGUUUGUCACAAGAACAAGAGGAUAUUCUAUYUGAUCUCCUGCAAGACCACUUCCCACAUGAAAACGUUGAGUGUGUUACAAAGGUCCUCCUCCCUGAAUCUAUUGUCAAGAUAAUUCAAAGUUGUCUAGAUAURACUGAAGCUGAAGCUGAGCUAUACGCGAAAACCAGCAAUGAUGAGAGUGUCCACAACUUCGAGGAGAAACUACGAGAAGACAUCACAAAAAAGAAACGAAAGGGUACUCAUGCAUUCUCCAGUACGUCUUUGCCAAAAAAGAAGAAGACCAAUGUCGGUAUUUCUAAAGGCCUACCUAAAAGGUUAAAAAGCUGUUUCACAGCAUCUUAUCCUGACUUUGYCCUCACACCUCAGGGUAGCCUUCUAGUCGAGAUGAUUGUAAAUGGAAAAAUUAAAUUCGACGGAGACCAAACUUUGAGUGCAGAUGAUUUGAAAUCCCUCUCUGGUUUUCACUGCAAAGACAAUGAAGAGAAAUGGUUAACAAAUUUUGUCAUUGAAUCAUAUUUGAAAUUAAUUAAAUCGGCAAGUGCAGCGCAGGGGAGAAACAUCAAAUUCUUUAAAGUUGAAGAAUUUCAAAAAAAAGGUGUUARAGUGCUAAUAAAAGGAAUUGGGAACCUACUAGAUCAGGACUUUAUCUUCAUUCCACUAAUCCAUGCCAAUCACUGGACCCUGGCUGUUAUCCAUCCAAAGGAUAAACUUGUCUUAGUACUAGACAGUUUGGCAAGUGACACCAUCAAGCCCAUUACCUACACUAGAAUGCAGAAGAUAAAGUCCUUGUUACAGGAAAGUGACCCAUCGUUUAAAUCCAGUGACUGGUCAUUCAUUGUUAAUUGGCCUGAUGACAUACCCCAGCAAAUCAAUACCUUUGACUGUGGUGUUUUUACCUGCAUGUUUGCAAGAUGUCUUGCGACUGACACCCCAAUGAUUAAGCAGCCAGGCAUUGAUGCUGCAAGGAAGAUUAUGGUACUUGAAUUACACCAGGAAACACUAGCAGACAUCAAUUUGCACCUAAAAUCAAGGCAAAUAAUUGUACCAAAGUACUGAGUUGCCAAUUUAUUAAUCAAUCAUGAAGCUCAAGUUAUGUUCAAGACAUUUUCACAGACAAUUAUGUCAGAUACUAACAAAGUGAAUUAACAUUAGAUAAACAUCAAUGUAAAUAGCAAUUUGUCUGUUCAUGUAUUAUUUGUCA